AUUUUUUAAUCUUGGCAACAAAAGCCAAAAGUGACCGCAUGUCAUAAACAAGAUACCAAGGUGAACAUCAUUAAAAAUUAUCUGUGACAUAAUGUAUCCGAUAUUCCUAAUCCAUCUGUUAUUGUUACAAGUCAAUAAUUGAGUCAUGUCAAAACCUAACCUUUUGUAAUGACAGUUCAUUGCCAUGUAAAAUGUUAAAAACCUUACUAUGUCUUUACAACCUCCGGCCAAGUUGUAUAAUAAAUAUCUAUAUAAAAUGCAUGUCCACAAAAACUAAAGGGCACUCCUCGUCAAGCCCCACAUCAAUUUUUAAAGAUGGACUGGCCAAAGCUAUCGGCUCUAAUCCUAUGGGUGCCAUAAGGAAAAACAAAAAAGCUAUCUAUUUACCCGAAGACAGUUUAUUAGAAUCGAGCCCCUUGCUGACCCAGGACCCUACCAGGAAAGAUGUCAGUCUGAAAACUACUAAUCUUGAUAGUGUUUGCAGAGCUAACGACUAUUAUAAAAUCAUGGCUGCUACUAAAUCUAACACAGACGAGGAAUUUGAUUAUGAUAAAUAUCAAGAGGAUUGUUUGGCCGAGAGUAAAAGAUUGAAAGGCUUUAGGAAAUGGAAUAAUACGAGCCUUGGGCAAAAUUUUGGAACCAAACAAGCAAACUCUUCCAUGUUCACAUUACUGUCCUUCAACAUUUUGGCACAAAACUUGUUGGAAUCGCACAAAUUCCUCUAUCGAACAAGUGACCCCAGAGCACUCACAUGGACACACCGGGUUCAGAAAAUCUUGGAAGAAAUCAUAUCUUACAAUGCAGAGAUAAUAUGUUUGCAAGAACUACAACAAGAACAUAUAUCAUAUCUAACCAAAGCCCUGAUGCCGCUAAAUUAUAAAUACGUGUACAAAAAACGCACAAUGGAGCAUAAAGAUGGUAGCGCUAUAUUUUACAAGUCGAAUCUUUUUACAAUGGUAGAUUAUAAGCUUAUCGAAUACUAUCAGCCCAAUGUGGAGGUUUUGAAUAGGGAUAAUGUUGGAAUAGUGAUUAAGCUUAAGAUUAAUGAGGGCCAGUUUGCGAAUAAUGCAACGGACAGUGAUAUUGUAGUUGCUACUACUCAUUUGUUAUAUAACCCAAAGAGGAGCGAUGUUAGAUUGGCCCAGGCACAAUUGAUGGUCGCGGAACUGGAUAAAAUGGCUUAUAUGGGCAGGGAUGAGAAUGGAUUACCUCAAUACCUUCCAAUUAUUUUAACGGGUGACUUCAAUCUACAACCUCACACUCCGGUCUACACAUUUUUAACAAGAGGAAUACUACAGUAUUCGAAUUUAACAUAUAGACAACUAGAACCGAUUCAAAGCAGAAAUGAUCCAAGACAAUGCACCUUGCUACCGCCUCAUGUUGGAAUCAAUGAUAAUUGCCAGUAUAUUGAUGUUGUUAAAAGGAGAUUAAACAUGAGUCCUAAAUAA